AUGGCAUCCCUGACUUCGUCGCGGAAUUCCAACUCCUCCUCCUGGACGCCGAAGCAGAACAAGCUGUUCGAGAAGGCCCUGGCUGUGUACGACAAGGACACGCAGGACCGGUGGCACAAUGUGGCCAAGGCUGUGGGUGGGAAAUCAGCUGAGGAAGUCAAGAGGCACUAUGAGAUUCUGGUGCAGGAUCUCAUGCAUAUAGAAUCUGGUCAAGUUGCUAUACCCAAUUACAGGACUACCACUGGAAGCAGCUCUAGAGGAAAUGCUGAUUAUGAACAGAGGCUUAUGAAGAAUCUGAAGAUCUGA